AUGGAGCAGUUUCUGGGAAGCUCGGCGCCCACGGUCAGUGUGCGGGGGCUCCCAGGUGUGGGCACAGGAGGGCUCCCAGGUGUGGGCACAGGAGGGCUCCCAGGUGUGGUCACAGGGGGGCUCCCAGGUGUGGGCACAGGAGGGCUCCCAGGUGUGGGCACAGGAGGGCACCCAGGUGUGGGCACAGGGGGCUCCCAGGUGUGUGGGCACAGGGGGCUCCCAGGUAUGGUCACAGGGGGGCUCCCAGGUGUGGGCACAGGAGGGAUCCCAGGUGUGGGCACAGGGGAGCUCCCAGGUGUGGGCACAGGGGGGCUCCCAGGUGGUGCAGGGGGGCUCCCAGGUGUGGGCACAGGGGGGCUCCCAGGUGUGGGUGCAGGGGGGCUCCCAGGUGUGGGCACAGGGGGGCUCCCAGGUGUGGGUGCAGGGGGGCUCCCAGGUGUGGGCACAGGGGGGCUCCCGGGUGUGGGUGCAGGGGGGCUCCCAGUUGUUGAUGACAUCCGGUAG